AUGUACACGUUCCCUAAAUGCUGGACCCUGCUGCUGAUAGUCGUAGCCGUAACGGGAAUAUCCGCUGAGGAUGUACUGAACUGCCCAAAUGGUUGGAAAUUGCGGGGCUUGCACUGUUACAAGUACUUCAACGUGAAACACUCGUGGGAAAAGUCGGCGACACUAUGUAAAAGGUACGGGUCGGAGCUGGUGACGGUCGAUACGUACGAUGAGAACAACGCGACGUACAGCAUUGCGACCAGCAGCGAGUACCGCACGCGCAACAAUGUCAAGUACUGGCUCGGGUUUGCCUCGCUGGACGAUCUGCGCACAAACACGCUCGAGUCCACGUCGGGCGAUCUGUUCUCGCAGUACUCCGGCUUUUGGGCGAUCAACGAACCGAACCCGCUGGCGGGCGAAUGCGUGUCGGCGAACCUGGGCCCGACCGAGCAGAGCUGGGAGCUGCGAUCCUGCGAAACGCUGCUACCGUUCAUGUGCAAGGCACGCGCCUGCCCGCAGCAAUCGUUCCACUGUUCGAACGGUGCGUGCAUCAACCAGGCGUACAGGUGCGACGGUAACGAUGACUGCGGCGAUGGGAGCGACGAGCUGGACUGCAGCGCGAACUGCAACAUCUACAUGGCGUCCGGUGGCGAUGUGAUCGAGUCGCCCAACUUCCCGCAGAAGUACGCCUCGCUCAAGUCGUGCAAGUGGACGCUCGAGGGCCCGCAGGGCAGCAACAUCAUACUGCAGUUCCAGGAGUUCGACACGGAGAAAAACUUCGACACGGUGCAGAUCCUGGUCGGCAGCCGGACGGAGGAUACGGCCGUCUCGCUGGCCACCCUGUCCGGGAAGAGCGAUGUCCCGAACCGCACCUUCAUCACCGCGUCGAACUUCAUGAUCAUCAAGUUCACGUCGGACGGCAGCGUGGAGAAGAAGGGCUUCCGGGCGACGUGGAAGACGGAACCGCAAACGUGCGGCGGCGUGCUGCAGGCGAGCAAGCAGGAACAGUACCUGAAGAGUCCGGGCUUCCCGCAGGCCUACCCGGGCGGUAUCGAGUGUCUGUACGUGAUCAGCGCACGCAAGGGUUACACCGUGUCGCUCGAUGUGCAGGAGCUCGACCUGAACGCGGACAGUGACUUCCUGCUGAUACGCGACGGCGAGAGCGCGCACGACAAGCCGAUCGCGAAGCUAACCGGCACGAUCGAAUCGAAACCGAGCCGCGUCAUCAUUUCCACCGGGAACAAGCUGUAUCUGUACUUCAGCACCGCACUGGCCCAGCCCGCCAGAGGGUUCAGCGUGCGGUACGUCGAAGGUUGCACGGCGGUGGUGAAUGCCGCCAACGGGACGGUCACCUCGCCGGCUUACAAUCUGUCGCCCUAUCCGAACAAUCAGGAGUGCUACUUCGUGAUCAAGAACCCGUCCGGUUCGCCGCUGUCGAUGCGUUUCGUUGACUUCGAUGUGCACCGGUCGGAUUUGGUGCAGGUGUUCGACGGGGCCUCCACCUCCGGUGUGCGGCUGCACGCCGGGAACGGAUUCACCGACAGUAACGCACCGAAGAUCACGCUGACCGCUUCCUCCGGGAAGAUGUUGCUCAAGUUCAUUACCGAUGCGCUGUACAAUGGCAAAGGUUGGUCGGCGGAGUUUUCUGCCGAUUGUCCCGAGCUGAAGCCGGGUAUUGGGGCGAUCGCUAGCAGCCGCGACACUGCGUUCGGCACGGUGAUCAACUUCACCUGCCCCGUUGGGCAGGAGUUCGCGACGGGCAAGAACCGCAUCACGACCGUGUGCCAGAACGGGGGCAACUGGAGCAUCAGCUACAUUCCCGACUGUCAAGAGGUGUAUUGUGGGCCGGUACCGCAAAUCGACAAUGGCUUCUCGUUCAAGACGACCAACGUGACGUACCGGGGCAUCGCCACCUACCAGUGUUAUGCCGGGUUUGCCUUCGGGUCGGGGCUUGCGACGGAAACGAUUUCCUGCCUGGCGGACGGUACCUGGGAGCGGCAACCGGCCUGUAUGGCAUCGCAGUGUCCACCGUUGCCGGAGGUGGCGCACGCAAACGUGACGGUACUGAACGGUGGCGGCCGCAGCUACGGCACGAUCAUCAGCUACGAAUGCAUCCCCGGGUAUGUCCGCACCGGACGUCCCAUCCUGAUAUGUAUGUCGAAUGGGCAGUGGAGCAGUCCCGUGCCGAGUUGUUCACGCAAGCAGUGCUACAAAAUACCGGACGUACCGAACGGGUACGUGGUGGACAAGACGCGCGAGUACUACUACGGCGAUGAGGCACGCGUCCAGUGCUACAAGGGCUACCGUUUGAUUGGCUCACACACUGUCAAGUGCAACGAGCAGCAAGACUUCUCUAAUGUUCCGGUCUGUGAAGAUAUUGAUGAAUGUCAAACGUCACAGUGUGAUGCGUCAUCGACCGAGUGUAUGAAUGCGGCCGGUUCGUUCCAUUGCAAGUGUAAGACGGGUUACACCUCGUCGAUGGAAUGUCGGCCCGUGGUCGAUCUGGGCCUCUCGAACGGUGGCAUAUCGGAUGACAGCGUAACGGUGUCAUCGACGGCAAGUGGCUACGAAAAAGGCAUGAUUCGCCUCAACUCGGUGGGCUGGUGCGGGAAUGGUAAGGAGCGUGGUUCGAACUGGGUAAUAAUCGACCUGAAAGCCCCAACCAUUGUGCGCGGGUUCCGCACAAUGUCCGUGCAGCGCAUGGACGGUGCGUUGGCAUUUACCUCAGCGAUACGGCUCGAGUACGCGGACGAUCUGGCCGAUGUGUUCAAGGACUAUGCCAACCCGGACGGUACCGCGGUCGAGUUCCGCAUACUGGAACCGACCCUCUCGAUACUGAACCUCCCGAUGCCGAUCGAGGCGCGGUACAUCAAGUUCAAGGUGCAGGACUUUGUCGUCGCACCGUGCAUCAAGCUGGAGCUGAUGGGCUGCACCCGGCUGGACUGCUUGGACGUGAACGAGUGCGCCAAGGACAACGGGGGAUGCAACCAGAAGUGCGUUAACUCGCCCGGCUCGUACAAGUGUGCGUGCAACUUUGGCUACGAACUGUUCCGCCAGAACGGAACCGAAGGCUUCUUCGUCGAACGACACGAAACGGGCGAACAGGACGGGGACGUUUACCAGCGCAACAAGACCUGCGUGCGCAAGAUGUGCCCGGCCCUGUCCGAUCCGGACAACGGUAAGCUGCUGAGCAGCGAGAUCCAGCAUCACUUCGGUGAUGUGGUACGAUUCCACUGCAACUUUGGGUACGUCCUGUCGGGCAGCUCGUCGCUGGCGUGCAUGUCCAACGGCAACUGGAACGCCUCCAUGCCCAAAUGCCUGAGUGCCAAGUGUGUCUCGCUACCGGACGACGAGAAGGAAGGCUUGUUCGUGAAACGGGGCGAUCAGAAUGAUAUUCUGGUACCGUUCAAUGAGAACGUUACGCUCGAGUGCACGACGUCCGGCAAGCAGAUUGGCAAGACGGCCAUUUCUACCUUCCGACAGUGCGUGUUCGAUCCCCAACCGGGCUACCCGGACUAUUGGCUGUCCGGGGUGUUGCCCACCUGUUCGCGGGCGGAUUGCGGUGUUCCGAUGCCAACGGCCGGUGCCGAGUACGGCCAGUACGCGGACACCAAGUACAUGAGCUCGUUCUUCUUCGGCUGCCAGAAUACGUUUAAGCUCGCGGGCCAGACGACGAUGAACGACAAUGUCGUACGGUGCCAGGCGAACGGUGUGUGGGACUUUGGGGACCUUCGCUGCGAGGGUCCGGUGUGUGUGGAUCCGGGCCGCCCGAACGAUGGGUUCCAGGUGGCAAACAGCUACGAGCAGAGUUCGGAAGUUCUGUUCGGAUGUUCGCGCGCCGGCUACAUCCUGAUCAACCCGCGGCCGAUCACGUGCGUGAAGCAACCGGAGUGUAAAACGAUCAAACCGAUCGGCAUCUCGUCCGGGCUCAUCCCGGACAGUGCGAUCAACGCGACGUCCGAGCGACCGAACUACGAGGCGAAGAAUGUGCGCCUCAACUCGGUGACCGGCUGGUGCGGCAAGCAGGAAACGUUCACCUACGUGAGCGUCGACCUCGGCAAGGUUUAUCGCGUGAAGGCGCUGCUGGUGAAGGGUGUCGUGACGAACGACAUCGUGGGCCGCCCGACCGAGAUUCGCUUCUUCUACAAGCAGUCGGAAAAGGAGGACUACGUCGUGUACUUCCCGAACUUCAACCUGACGAAGCGCGACCCGGGCAACUACGGCGAGCUGGCCAUGAUCACGCUGCCGAAGUACGUGCAGGCACGCUUCGUCAUACUCGGCAUCGUCAGCUACAUGGACAACCCGUGCCUGAAGUUUGAGCUGAUGGGAUGCGAAGAACCGGCGGCCGAUCCGCUGCUCGGGUACGACUACGGGUACUCGCCGUGCGUUGACAACGAGCCACCGAUCUUCCAAAACUGCCCCCAGCAACCGAUACUCGUUAAGCGCGGCCCGAACGGGGAGGUGCUGCCGCUGAACUUCACCGAACCGACGGCACUGGACAACUCGGGCUCGAUCGCCCGGCUCGAGGUGAAGCCGCCUCACUUCAAAACGACCAGCUACGUGCUGGAGAACGCGGUCGUCAAGUACAUCGCGUACGACUACGACGGCAAUGUGGCGAUCUGCGAGAUUAACAUCACCGUGCCGGACAUUACGCCGCCGCUGCUCGACUGCCCGCAGAGCUUCGUGAUCGAGCUCGGUGAGAAGCAGGCGAACUACUACGUCAACUUCAACGACACGAUCAAGCGCGUGAAGGCGUCGGACAGUUCCGGGGACGUGCGCAUCGAGUACGUGCCCGAGUCUGCGUCGAUCCCGCUCGGCGGGUUCCGCAACGUGACCGUCGUCGCUACGGACAAGUACAACAACAAGGCAUCGUGCAACUUCCAGGUGUCGGUACAGCCGACCCAGUGCGUCGACUGGGACCUGCAGGCACCGGGCAAUGGGGAAAUCAAGUGCACCACGCAAGAGUCGGGCGGUGUCGAGUGCGAGGCCACUUGCAAUCCCGGCUUCCGGUUCACGGACGCGGACAAGAAGAAGGUGUUCAUGUGCAAGAAGGGCCGGUUCUGGAAGCCGUCCUCCGUCGUGCCGGACUGCGUGUCGGAGAAUACGCAGCGGGCGGACUACCAGGUGGUGGCAACGACGACCUACCGCGCGAACGGGGUCGUGUCGGAGCAGUGUCUGCCCCAGUACCAGGAACAGACGGCGAAGCAUUUCGCCAGCCUGAGCAGCGUGCUGUCCCAGCGGUGUUCGGCCGUGUACGUCAACAUGAACGUUACCAUCCUGAGGUCGGUGCCGCGCCUGCUGGAGGAGAACGUGGUGCAGAUGGACUUCAUACUGCUGAUCGAUCCGGCCGUAAAGCAACCGCAGCUGUACGAUCUUUGCGGCUCCACGCUGAACCUGAUCUUCGACCUGAGCGUACCGUACGCGAGUGCCGCCAUCGAACCGCUGUCGAACGUGAAGUCGAUCGGCAACGAGUGCCCACCGUUGCGCGCACUGAAGAGCGCCAUCUCGCGGGGAUUUACGUGCGGCGUCGGCGAGGUGCUGAACAUGGAUACGAACGAUGUGCCGCGCUGUCUGCACUGUCCGGCCGGUACGUACGCCGGGGAGAACCAGAAGACGUGCUCGCCGUGUUCGAAGGGUUACUAUCAGCACCGGGAACGGCAAGGGUCGUGCCUGAAGUGCCCCGUGGGCACGUACACGAAGGAGGACGGUUCGAAGGCGGUGCAGGACUGUGUGCCAAUCUGUGGCUAUGGUACGUACUCGCCGACCGGGUUGGUGCCCUGCUUGGAGUGUCCCCGUAACUCGUUCUCCGCGACACCGCCGCUCGGCGGCUUCCGCGACUGCCAGGCAUGUCCGAGCGGUACGUUCACCUAUCAACCGGCGGCCCAGAGCGACGGCGACUGUCGGCGCAAGUGUCCGGCCGGUACGUACUCGCACACCGGGCUGGCACCGUGCUCGCCCUGUCCGAAGAACUACUACCAGAAGUCGGAGGGCGCGACCAGCUGCAGCGAGUGCCCGUCCGGGCGGCGCACGGACACGGUCGGCUCGGUAACGGCCGACGACUGUAAGCCUAUCAUGUGCAACGAAAACUCGUGCCAGCACGGUGGACUGUGUGUGCCGCUCGGCCACGACAUCCACUGCUUCUGUCCGGCCGGGUUCUCGGGUACGCGGUGCGAGAUCGACAUCGACGAGUGUGCGUCCCAGCCGUGCUACAACGGCGGCACGUGCAAGGAUCUGCCGCAGGGUUACGAGUGCCGCUGCGCGCGCGGCUACACCGGCAUCAACUGCCAGGAGGCGAAGAGCGACUGCGAUGCGGACCCGUGUCCGGCGCGUGCGAUGUGCAAGGACGAGCCCGGGUUCGGCAACUACACCUGCAUGUGCCGCAGCGGGUACACCGGGGACAACUGUGACAUUACGAUCGAUCCGUGCACGGCGGGCGAAAACCCGUGCGGCAAUGGGGCGACCUGCGUGGCGCUGCAGCAGGGCCGGUUCCGGUGCGAAUGUACGCCGGGCUGGGAGGGUCACCUGUGCAGCAUCAACACGGACGACUGUGCGGAGAAGCCGUGCCUGCUGGGUGCCAACUGUACGGAUCUGGUGAACGAUUUCAGCUGCGACUGUCCGGCAGGGUUCGCCGGCAAACGGUGCCAGGAGAAGAUUAACCUGUGCCUGUCCGAACCCUGCAACCAUGGUAUGUGCGUCGACCGGUACUUCUACCACGAGUGUGUGUGCAAUCCGGGCUGGGAGGGUGCGGCCUGCGACGUCAAUGUGGACGAGUGCGAAAGCAGCCCGUGCGAGAAUGGUGGUGUGUGCGUGGAUAUGAUCAACGACUACCAGUGCGGCUGUGCGGAGGGGUACACGGGCAAACACUGCCAGCACACGGUGGACGAUUGUGUGAGCGCACCGUGCCAGAACGGGGGCACGUGCGUGGACCGUCUGGACGGGUUCGCGUGCCAGUGCCGGCCCGGCUUUGUCGGUGUGCAGUGCGAGACGGAUCGGAACGAGUGUUUGAGCGACCCGUGCAAUCCGAUCGGUACGGAGAAGUGUAUGGAUCGGGUGAACACGUUCGAGUGCGUCUGCCGGCAGGGCUUCGACGGGCAGGUGUGUGACAACGACAUCGACGACUGUGAGUACGCACCGUGCCAGAAUGGUGGCACCUGUUUGGAUCGUGUCGGUGGCUACGAGUGCCAGUGCCCGACCGGAUGGACCGGGGAGCGGUGCAAUGUGCAGGUGACCGCGUGUGACGUGGAGCGACCGUGCAAGAACGAUGCGCAGUGUAUCGAUCUGUUCGAGGACUUCUUCUGCGUGUGCCCGAGUGGCACGGAUGGGAAGAAGUGCGAGACGGCACCGGACCGCUGCAUCGGGCAGCCGUGCAUGCACGAGGGCCAGUGCAAGGAUUACGGCUCGGGGCUGAACUGUUCCUGCUCGAUGGAUUUCACCGGCGUCGGAUGUCAGUACGAGUUCGAUGCAUGCGAGGCAGGCACCUGCCAGAAUGGUGCGACCUGCGUCGAUCGUGGCAGUGGAUAUCAGUGCAUCUGCCCACCGGGGUACACCGGGCGGAACUGCGAGCAUGAUCAGGUGGACUGUAAGGACAACUCCUGCCCGCCGGGGGCGGUUUGCAUCGAUCUGAACAACGACUUCUACUGCCAGUGUCCGUUCAAUCUGACCGGAGACGAUUGUCGCAAAUCGGUCCAGAUUGAUUACGAUCUGUACUUUAGCGAUCCGUACCACUCGUCCGCGUCGCAGGUGGUUCCGUUCUAUACGACCGCGUCGGAUAGUUUAACGCUCGCGAUGUGGGUGCAGUUCGCCCAGAAGGACGACACGGGCAUCUUCAUAACGCUGUACUCUGCCAGUGCACCGAACGUGAUCACCAAGCGUAGGACGAUGCUGCAGGCCCACUCGAGCGGUGUGCAGGUGUCGUUCUUCGAAGAUCUGCAGGAUGUGUUCCUGCCGUUCAAGGAGUACAGCACCAUCAACGACGGCCAGUGGCAUCACAUUGCCGUCGUUUGGAGCGGCAAAACCGGACAGCUUAUGCUCAUCACGGAGGGUUUCAUUGCCAGCAAGGCGGAGUAUGGUGUAAACCGGGUCCUGCCCAACUACUGCUGGCCUGUGCUUGGUGCACCGCUGAUGGAUGGCAAUCGCAAGGAAGCGUACAGCGAUCUUGGCUUCCAGGGUAAGCUGACGAAGGUACAGAUCUGGAGCCGUGCGCUGGAUGUCACGAACGAGAUCCAGAAGCAGGUGCGUGACUGCCGCAGCGAACCGGUACUGUACAAGAACCUCAUCCUGAACUGGGCCGGCUACGAGCAGACGCUCGGUGGCGUGCAGCGAUCCGUCCCGUCGACCUGCGGACAGCGGAAGUGUAAACCGGGCUAUGCCGGUGCGAACUGUCAGCAGCUCCAGGUGGAUCGAGAACCACCGCAGGUCGAGUACUGCCCGUCGGAUCUGUGGAUCGUGGCAAAGAAUGGUUCGACCGUGGUCAACUGGGAGGAGCCCCGGUUCACGGACAACAUUGGCAUUUCGAAGAUCGUCGAACGCAACGGGCAUCGGUCGGGCGAAACGUUACUGUGGGGCAUCUACGAUGUGAUGUAUCUGGCGUACGAUGCCGCCGGCAAUACCGCUUCCUGCGCGUUCAAGGUAACGAUCGUGGCGGAGUUCUGUCCCGCGCUCGCUGACCCGCUCGGUGGUUCGCAAAGCUGCAAGGAUUGGGGUGCGGGUGGACAGUUUAAGGUGUGCGAGAUUGCGUGCAAUCCGGGCAUGAAGUUCUCGCAGAUUGUACCACGGUUCUAUACCUGCGGCUCGGAAGGAUUCUGGCGCCCGACCGUGCACCCGAACGUGCCGCUCGUCUAUCCGUCGUGUUCGCCGACCAAACCGGCUCAGCGGCUUAUACGCAUCCAGAUGCAGUUCCCGUCCGAUGUGCUGUGCAAUGAGGCGGGUCAGGGUGUGCUGCGGCAGCGUAUUAAGAAUGCAAUCAAUGCGCUGAACCGUGACUGGAACUUGUGCUCGUACUCGAUGGAGGGUUCGCGCGAAUGUCGCAACGUGGAGAUCGACGUCAGGUGCGACCGUAACCGGCAUCCGAACAUUGUCAAGCGACAGACGGUGCUGCAGAUCUCACCGAAUCCGGAGAGUGCUUACGCCAUUAAUGCUACCAUUCCGAUCAAGAGUGAAAUUGUGAGCAACUCCAAUGGCCAGCGUUUGAAUACGUUGAACCUGCUGGAGAAGCUUAUCCUGGAAGAUAAUCAGUUUGCGGUGCAGGACAUUCUGCCAAACACGUUCGGCGACGCGUCCUCGCUUAAUCUCGUGACGGAGUACGCCUGUCCACAGGGUCAGGUAGUGGUCGAACCGGACUGUGUGCCGUGUGCGGUCGGUACGUUCUACAACGUGUCGAGCAAAACGUGUCUCCCGUGUCCGGAGGGAUCGUACCAGCCCGAGAUUGGACAGCUGCAGUGCAAGAGCUGUCCAAAGAUUGCGGGACGCCCUGGCGUAACGGCACUGGUUGGCGCUAGAUCGGCCGUCGAAUGCAAAGAACGAUGUGCUGCCGGUAAGUAUCUGGACUCGGUAACCGGACUUUGUCAACCGUGCGGCUUUGGCUACUACCAACCGAACGAAGGUUCGUUCACGUGCGAGAUCUGCGGGCUGGGACAGACGACCCGCACACCGGAAGCGACCAGCAAGAGUGAGUGCCGUGAUGAGUGUAACUCCGGCAUGCAGCUCGGUCUGGAGGGCAAGUGUGAACCAUGUCCGCGUGGAACGUACCGCAAGCAGGGAGUGCAUCCGUCGUGUCUCUCAUGUCCGAACGGACGUACGACGGCUAAGCUGGGAUCGUCCAACGUUGAAGAGUGCUCGUUGCCUAUCUGCUCGCCUGGAACGUACCUGAACGGUACGCUGAACGUGUGCGUCGAGUGCCGCAAGGGCUUCUAUCAGUCGGAGUACCAGCAGACGUCAUGUAUUCCUUGUCCGCCGAAUCACACCACUAGAAGCACUGCAGCGAACAACAAAAAUGAAUGCAUUAACCCGUGUGAGGAUGUGUCGGAUGGUUCACCGCGCUGUGAUCCGAACGCGUUCUGCAUACUGAUACCGGAAACGUCCGACUUCAAGUGUGAAUGUAAACCCGGCUUCAAUGGUACCGGAAUGGAAUGUUCGGACAUGUGCAAUGGUUUCUGCGAGAACUCGGGCCAUUGCGUGAAGGACGUCAAGGGGCUACCGUCGUGCCGAUGCAAGGGAUCGUUCACGGGCACCAAGUGUACCGAGCGGUCCGAGUUUGCCUACAUUGCCGGUGGCGUUGCAGCUACCGUCAUCUUCAUAAUACUCAUCGUUCUACUGAUCUGGAUGAUCUGUGCGCGAGCCAAUCGCAAGCGAGAUCCGAAGAAGAUCAUCUCACCAGCUGCGGAUCAGACGGGAUCGCAGGUUAACUUCUACUACGGAGCGCACACGCCAUAUGCCGAAAGUAUUGCUCCAUCGCAUCACAGCACGUACGCACACUACUACGACGACGAGGAGGACGGUUGGGAGAUGCCCAACUUCUACAAUGAGACGUAUCUUAAAGAUGAUCAAUUCAUCGGAGUUCAAGGUGCCAACGGAAAGCUUAAUUCGUUGGCUCGAUCAAAUGCAUCGUUGUACGGUACGAAGGACGAUCUGUACGAUCGGCUAAAACGUCACGCUUAUACCGGUAAAAAAGACAAAAGUGACACGGACAGUGAGGAGCAUUAGGGCAUCGUUGUUAAUUUAAGUAUUAGCUCAUAUUAAAAUCCCUUCGAAAUACUCUUGUAUAAAAAAACAAUAUUAAGUAGAACAAGACGCAUGCAAA